AUGGACGUCGCCCAAGCAGUAUCUGGGUACAUCAAUAAGGUGGUUAUGACGAGCGAUACGUCGUCUGCCAAGAUGAAAAUUCUCCUACUCGAUAGAGAAACAGUUUCUAUCGUCUCGACUGCGGUCACACAGUCUUCUCUCCUCAACCAUGAGGUCUAUCUCAUCGACCGUCUGGACAAUGCCGCGCGUGAGAAGAUGCGACACCUACGAUGUCUAUCUUUCGUGCGGCCAUCGCCGGAGUCGAUUCAGCUACUCAUAGAUGAGCUUCGUGAUCCCAAAUAUGGCGAGUAUCACUUGUAUUUCACAAAUGUUGUCAAGAAGUCGUCCUUGGAACGCUUGGCUGAGGCUGAUGACCAUGAGGUGGUCAAACUGGUCCAGGAGCACUUUGCUGAUUACAAUGUCAUCAACCCUGAUCUCUUUUCUUUCAGCUUUACUCUUCCGCAACAGAGAAUCUGGGCAGGGGGGCCUGAUACAUGGAACCCUGACUCCUUACAGCGAUGUUCAGAGGGCUUGGUUGCUGUCUUACUCUCACUCAAGAAGAAGCCCCUCAUCAGAUACCAGAAGACAAGCCCCCUGGCAAAGAAGCUCGCGUCAGAGGUCCGAUAUUUGAUGACACAAGAGGAUUCACUGUUUGACUUCCGAAAAGUUGAUACUCCUCCCAUUCUGCUUGUGUUGGAUCGCCGGGAAGAUCCGGUGACGCCACUGCUUACACAAUGGACAUAUCAAGCCAUGGUCCAUCAUCUCCUGGGUAUCCAGAAUGGGCGCGUCGAUCUGAGCGAUGUUCCAGAUAUUAGCCCCGAGCAAAAGGAGAUCGUUCUAUCACAGGAUCAGGACCCAUUCUUCAAAAAGAAUAUGUUUCUGAACUUUGGCGACCUUGGAGGCAACAUCAAGGAAUAUGUUGGCCAGUUCCAGUCGAAAACCAAGAACAAUGAGAACAUCGAGUCAAUAUCGGAUAUGAAGCGAUUUAUCGAAGAAUAUCCAGAAUUCAGAAAGCUCUCUGGCAACGUCAGCAAACAUGUUACCCUCGUAUCGGAACUUAGCAGACGUGUAGCUGCCGAUAACCUCCUGGAGGUUAGUGAGCUGGAACAAAGUCUGGCUUGCAACGACAACCACGGGACUGAUGUAAAGAAUAUUCAGCGACUCAUUCAAUCGCCGAACGUUACACCAGAAAGCAAGGUUGGCCUUGUAGCUUUGUACGCUCUCCGCCAUCAUAAACAUCCUUCCAACACGUUGCCCAUGCUUCAGGACCUCCUUAUAGCUGCUGGAAACGUAUCUCCGCGAGAGGCAGAUUUGGUCAGCAAAGUGACGGCGUAUCACAACUCCCUUCAAGCGUCACAGUCUCAGGGCGGAAUUUCAGAAAUCUUCGAAUCGGCAGGCAUUUUCUCCGGUACUGGCAGCCGCUUCAAGGGUCUCAAAGGAGUAGAAAACGUCUAUACGCAACACAGCCCAUUGUUGGAGACUACCCUACAGAACUUGAUCAAAGGACGACUCAAGGAUCAGCAAUACCCCUUCGUCGAAGGUGGUGGCACAACCAAGGACAAACCUCAGGACAUAAUCGUAUUCAUGGUUGGAGGUGCUACUUAUGAGGAAGCCAAGAUGAUUGCAGAAUUGAACGCAUCGAGUCCAGGCGUUAGAGUAGUCUUGGGAGGUACAACGAUUCAUAACUCGGCGACCUUCUUGGAAGAGGUGGAUGAUGCUGUCAGUUCAUGGCCAGAGAGCCGAGCCGCACUACGGCAUCAAUGGACAAUUACAAGACGGCGGUACCUUGCGACUGUUUCCGGUGAUUUACAACCUUACGAUGUCGUCGUAAUCGGAGGCGGCCACGCGGGCGCUGAAGCAUGUGCUGCUGCUGCAAGAUCUGGCGCAAGGACAGCCUUGGUCACGCCGAAAAUCGAAAAUUUGGGAACGUGUUCCUGUAACCCGAGUUUCGGCGGCAUCGGCAAGGGCACAAUAAUCCGAGAGGUCGAUGCGCUCGAUGGAUUGGCGGGGAGAAUUAUCGACAAAUCAGGCGUACAGUUUCAUACUCUGAAUCGGCGAAAAGGUGCUGCUGUCUGGGGUCCCCGCGCUCAAAUUGACCGAGAGCUCUACAAGAAACACAUGAAGGACGAACUCUCUUCGUAUCCCAACCUAUCGAUCGUGCUCGACAGCGUGUCCGAUAUCGUUACCAAGCCCCAGGAACUGUUCGAAGGCGCAUCAAGUUGCAUUGCGGGCGUGCGCCUGGAGUCCGGCCAAACUCUCCCAACAAAAAAGGUUAUCAUAACCACAGGGACAUUUCUCGGAGGCGAAAUACACAUCGGGCUGACCGCGUAUCCAGCCGGUCGACUCGGCGAGGCGGCGACAUUCGGGCUGAGCAAGUCACUGCGUGAUGCGGGCUUCAAGCUGGGACGCCUCAAGACCGGCACACCCCCCAGAAUCGACGCAGCGAGCAUAAACUAUGAUGUGCUGGAGAAGCAGUAUGGCGAUGACCCACCAACACCAUUCAGUUACCUCAACGAGACUGUGGCGAUUCAGGAGCAGAUGACUUGCAGUGUUACGUACACAACGGAGGAUACUCACCGGAUAGUGCGUGAAAACCUUGAUAAGACCAUACACAUUCGAGAGACAGUCAAGGGCCCACGCUACUGCCCCUCUCUCGAGUCAAAAGUCAUUCGCUUCGCUGACAAGGAACGACACAUCGUUUGGCUCGAGCCCGAAGGUUUGGACAGCCCAGUCAUCUACCCCAAUGGUUUGUCCAUGACAAUUCCUGCAGAGGCGCAGGAGGAGGUCUUGCGCACGAUCCCAGGCCUCGAGAACUCAAAAAUGCUUCAGCCCGGGUACGGUGUUGAAUACGACUACAUCGAUCCACGUGGUCUGAAGUCAACACUGGAGACAAAAGCCAUCAGCGGCCUGUACCUGGCUGGUCAAAUCAAUGGCACGACUGGGUAUGAGGAGGCUGCCGGUCAAGGUGUCCUUGCGGGCAUUAACGCCGGUCGCUCGUCUCAAGGCUUCCCACAGGUUUACCUCUCAAGAGGGGAUGGGUACAUUGGCAUCAUGGUGGAUGACCUUAUCACGAAAGGUGUCACUGAACCUUACCGGAUGUUUACCUCGCGAAGUGAAUUCCGCAUGGCAUCACGUGCUGACAACGCUGAUGUUCGACUGACAUCCAAGGGCUAUGGGUGGGGAGUCAUAUCGGAGAAGCGCUGGAGUCGUUUCCGUGAUGAGAGACAGCAGAUUGAUGACCUUACCAAACUAUUACAGUCUGUAUCGUUGAGCCCCUUACAGUGGAUCGAAAAGGGGUACCAUAUGAAGCGCAACACUCAGCGUCGCGAUGGUAUAGAUGUCCUCCGUCUCUCGAACCCUGAAACACGCGUCGACGUCGAUCGGCUUGCACCAGUCAUCCCAGGCGUAAUGGACUUUCCACCUCGCGUACGACGUCGUGUUGAAAUCGAAUCAUUUUAUGCCCCGUAUAUCAAAAUCGCCGAGUCGGAGCGCAAGCAGCUAACAAACGAUGAGCGCGUCAAGAUACCCCUCGAUCUCAACUAUGACAAUAUCCCUGGGCUUGCAAUGUCAGAAAAGGAGGCGCUCAAGGCAGCGAAGCCAGAGAACCUCGCACAGGCGAGGCAUGUCGAGGGCGUGACUCCGUCGGGCAGUUUACGUCUACUCGCUCACGUUCGUCGAAGGCCCGAAGUAUACUUGUUGGAGAAGGAUUCUUCACGUGGGCGCCGGACACAAAGGACGAAUAAGAAUCGAGGCGGUGUAUAG